AUGACUAGACAAGCUGCACCACAAAAGGUCACCUCCAAGGAAGAAGUACUCCAGCUUCUUGAGCAGUUUGAUCAUUUCUUGUUUGACUGCGAUGGAGUCAUUUGGCUUGGUCCUGACAAAAUUCCCGGAGCGUCGGAGUUUGUAGAGCUCCUCAAGGAAAAGAAGAAGACUUACGCCUUUGUCACCAAUAAUUCGUCGGUUUCGAGAGACACUUACAAGAAGAAGUUUGAGAAGUUGGGAUUCCCAGAUGUGACAAAGGAGAUCAUCUUCCCAUCGUGCUAUGCUGCAGCGCUUAUUCUCAAAAGGGAUCUCAAGAUUCCUGAGGGAUCUAAAGUGUGGGUUCUCGGAGACGAGGGAAUCGAGCACGAACUCAAGGAAGCUGGAUACGUGCCAUUAGGUGGUAAUGACGAGGCGCUUGACGAGGAAUGGGACCCUGCGCACCGGUUGCUCAAGGUUGACGAGGAUGUCAAGGCGGUGGUGAUCGGUUCCACCAAGAAGUUAAAUUAUAUGCGUGUUGCUACAACAUUGCAGUACCUUUUGCACAAGAACAGAUCUAUUCCGUUCAUUGGUACCAACAUCGACAAGACCUACCCCGGUCCCUUUGGCACCACCUUGCCAGCCGGUGGCUCGUUCGUGAACUACAUGAGCUUCACCUCGAGCAGAGACUUUAUUGAUGUCGGCAAACCAAGUCCCCUUCUUCUUGAUAACAUUCUCGAAUACUGCCUGUUUGACCGCAAGAAGACAUUGAUGUUCGGAGACACUCUCUACACUGACGUCAAAUUCGGUAAUGACGGCAAGCUUGGAGGCGACGCUGGUGGGUCCUUGCUUGUUCUCAGUGGAGGGACCUCUCAGGAGGAGUUAGAUCUGUUAGACAUGAAGGAUGAGUCGCUAGUGCCCCUGUACUAUGUCGAAUCCGUUGGUCGCCUUUUAGAGCUUCUCAGAAAUUAG